GCCAUAUGCCGUAGUCGACUUGGGUUACAACUGUGAACGCUUGAUUGCUUCGAGUGGGAAUCCAGUGUAAUUGUAAAAUGUAAAAAAAGAAAAGAAAAAUGCAACAUGGCUGAUGUCAAGAAAUAUCACAAAACGGGUUUUUUGGAGAAAUGCAGGUAAUAAGUAGCUAACGUUAGCUAAAUUCUAGCUGCCAUGUUUAAACUACGGUUAAUUUCUGCAUCAGUUUCACCAGAAGCCCCCCGAGCCAAAGGCAAAUACCGUUUUUCAGAGACCAUUAUAACGUUGUCGCUACACUGAAGUAGCAAGCUAGGGUUAGACUAACGCAGGUAGACAUAGGGUGCUAAAAUAAUCAUUUGACAUGCUUAAAUCUAAUGUUUUUAGCUAGCUACAGGUAUUUUGUUAGCGUUUCAGCCCUUGGCGCCGAUUGUUUUCCCCUCCGGUGGGCGUGGUUUUCGGAGUAUGACGGGUUGCCCUCUGUCUCUGUUUGAGAAAUUGCUUUCGCUGGCUAGCCAAUGAGAAGCAGCGCAAUGUUUGGAUGUAGAAUUUGAAUCAAAAGGCUAAUCACAGAAAAGCUGAACAUAGUUAAGAAUAGUAUAACUUUUCUGUUUUACCACAUUAAAGCGAAGUAGAGCACAAAUUGCAACAGACACGAGGAUUUUCGCAAUGAGACGAAGUGAGGUGCUUUUAGCGGAGUCGGUGACGUGCCUGAACGCAGCGCUGUGUCGUCUGAAGGACAUCUGGGAGGAAAUUGGAAUACCGGAGGACCAGCGGGUGCAGAGGACCGAAUCUGUAAAGAACUAUAUAAAAGGUCUGCUGGAUAUGAUGAUAUUAGAGGAGGAGAAUCUGCGCAAGAGCUUACGGGGCAGCAUAGAGAAGUGUCGCAGGGAGCUGGACACCCUGUGCAGGGAACUUCAGCUGUCCCCCUUUGAGGAGGAGCGCAGCGGCACAAUGCUGCAGGUGGAUAAGGACCUUCGGACAAGAGUGGAGACUCUGACGAAGCAGAAGAGCCAGAGGAUGCAGGAGCUGAAGACCCUGAGGGAGCAGGACCAGGACCUGUGUGACAUCCUGUGCGCGGACUCCUACAGCCUCGUAUGCGAUGACCAAGCCGUACCCUCCUUACAGCAGCUGCAGGACUUCCGCCUGCACCUCGCCAGCCUCACUGCAGAAAAGGAAAGGAGACGCAGUGAGUUUGUGGGCCUUAAGAAGCAGAUUAUCUUAUGCAUGGAAGAUCUGGAGCAGCUACCGGACACUAGUUUCGAGAGGGACGUGGUUCAUGAGGACGAGGAUGCUUUUUGCCUUUCCGAAGAAAACAUCGCCUCUCUGGGACUGCUGCUGAGCACGCUGGAAAAGCGGAAGGCGGAGACCGCCGAGCGGUGCGGUUUUUGCCGCAGUCGGAUCCGAGAGCUGUGGGACCGGCUGGAGGUGUGCCAGGAGGAGAGGGACGUCCUCGCCCAACACAUGGCCAGCUCCAAGAAGAGGAACCUGGAGGCUUUGCAAGCAGAGUUGAGUCGUCUGGAGGAGCUGAAGCUUGAUCGCAUUCAGGGCUUAAUCAAGGACAUCCGGGUGGAGAUGGCCUGCUACUGGGACCUGUGCUUUCUCAGUGCUGAGCAGCAGCAGGCCUUCACUCUGCAUUGCAGUGAUGACUUCACAGAGGAGCUGCUGGCUGUGCACAAGGCUGAGCUCCUGCAGCUCAAGCAGCGCUACGAGGCCCACAGAGAGCUGUUUGACGGCGUGCAACGCUGGGAGGACAGCUGGAAGCUCUUCCGAGAGCUUGAGAAAAAAGCAACAGAUCCUUCCAGAUUCAUCAACAGAGGGGGGAACCUUCUGAAAGAGGAGAAGCAGAGGACCGAACUGCUCAAAAGCCUGACAAAGCUGGAGAAGAAGCUGAAGGCGCAGAUGGAUGCCUGGAAGGAGCAGGAGGGUCAAGAGUUCCUGGUCAGGGGCCAGAAUUUCCAGCAGUUUGUGGAGGUGCAUUGGGAACUCCAUCGCACCGAGAAAGAGAGGGAGAAAUUGGAGAGGCACCUAAAGAAGAGCCGGCAGACGGAGGAGGACAUGCUGUACGGCACGGUCACGGUCAAGCGGACCCCGUCCAAACACAAGCUCCCGGGAAGCGGAACGCCGGGGAAAACACGCAAGCUCAAUGGCACCUGCAGCGUCUCUAGCUCCGCCCCUAACGGCACCCUGCGCACUGCCUGGGGAACCCUGUGCCUCUCCCCGGGGCCCCGCCCCGCCCUGUCCGUCUGCAAGGGUCCGACUACUCGAACCCCGGGUCGCCCUGGCCGUCCACCACGCGCUGGCCUCCUUGAGCACAACAAGGAGAACCUCACUCCCCAGAAUGGAAAAGAAGUGGGCGGAGCCUCAGGAAGCCCAGCCACCCCACAGCGUAAUGUCAGCAUAAACUCUGUUGCCAGCACCUAUUCCGAAUUUGCGCGGGAGCUCUCAAAAGUGUCCAAGUCUCUCUGUAAGACGGGAGCUCUCAACUCCACUGCAUCACAGCCCUGACCCCAGUGCACUGAGAACAGAAAAAAAUCAGAAAAGCCUCUAAUGUGUUUUAAAAGGUAAACGUAUCGUGGUGUAAUCUGAAUUUGAAUUCAUUGCACUGUAUUCUGGACUUUAGCAGAUGCUCUUAUCUAGAUCCAGGUCUAGAGGAUUUUUACUGAAUCGGUUCAGGUCAAGUACCUUGCUCAAAGGUACAGCAGUAGUGGUCCAUUUGGGAAUUGACCCUACAACCUCAGAGAAGCCCAGUUCUCUAUCCGUUAUGCUACACUACUGCCCUCUGAAUUCACAUGCAGACUCAUGCUUCUAUGAAGAUUUGUAUUUAUAUUUUAUUUAUAGCGGUUUAACACUAUUACGCACGGCCGGUUCUCAGCACCUUGCCCAGUUUAUGUAUGCUACAUCACGGUCUGUAUGCUAAUCAUGAAUAUUUUGCACAAGUUAUCCCUCUUACUUCUAGCUCUUAUUUCUAUGCUUUCUAAACUCUGUACUGUAUGUCCCCACUUCAAAAGGAUAGUACUGAUUUUCUGUACAUCAAUAAUGGGUUAUUGAAUAAAUGUAAUUUUAUUCAGUUGUUUUUUCUGUGUUGUACAGAGAACUAGUUUAUAUUUCUGUAUAUCGCUCAUGCUAUUGGAGUGUUAAUGCAUGUGUAUGUAAGAC